AUGAAAGAGAACGUAUUCGAGAACAAUGUUGCGCAAUUGGCGCACUAUAUCCGCCAUAAGUGUACCAAUGUUCGCACUGAACGAGUAGAUGGCAAGCAGACGGUGAUCUUUGCUCUGGCGUGCCGAGACAAUAUACAGCUCGAGAUUGUCGUUUUUUACCACCAGACGUACGCGGCCCCCUUGCUGACGUUCCGCAUCUGGCAGCUGCAAGUUUCGGACGACAUCGAGACUCGCCGUCUCGUUUUCGAUCAGACGCUGAUAGACAAGCUUGUCACCCGCAAUGGGUCACUAAGGGUCGAUCGACGCGUGGACCCUGCGAUCACGCUAGUGGACCAUCCAGUCCUGGGGAAACCGUUCUACCAGCUGCAUCCGUGUCAGAGUGCUCAGUUGUUGGAAGAUGUUGCUUUGCAGGGCCCAGAGUCGCUCGAAUUUUGGUGGAAUUUCUAUUCGUCGGUGCUGAUAUGA